CAAGCUCUCUGGCUAGUAGGAGUGGCAGUUAAAAGAAACAAGACAGCUCUUUUAUAAUGGCACUGGCAGAUGGUUUGUUACUGAACAACGCACCAGACAAAGUCAUUCUUGUUGGAGAUGUGGGAGUCGGGAAAACGUCGAUUUUCACAAGAUUCACUACUGGUGAGUUUAAGCCUGUUGGAAAAGAGGCUGAGAAACAGAAGAAGUGGCCCAUAAAAGGUGCAGAAGUUUCAAUCACAUUAUUUGACACAGCUGGCAUGGAAAGGCAUCUAAGCACAAUACCUCACACGUACUUCCGCUCAGCUAAAGUUCUUCUUCUUGUCUAUAGCAUUGAUGAAAAGGAGACAUUUGAUUCUUUAACGUCGUGGGCCGAGAAUGCAGUUUCUGCUAGAGUUGCCUCUGGACAAGAGGCCAUCAUUACCGCCAUAGUUGGUAACAAGUUAGAUCUUGAGUCUUCACGUGAUGUCAGCCAGGAGAGGGUGAAAAAUUUUGCUCAUUUGAACGAAAUCGAUGAAGACAUGAUAUUUGAAGUCAGUGCCCUUGAAAACACAAAUCUGACGGAGAUGUUUGAUACCAUUGCUCUUAAAGUUCAUCCAUUAGCAGCAGAAACGAUUGCAAAGAAUUCCCAGGUCAGUAAGCCCUCUGGGAAAAAGAAAUGUUGUUAAAAUUUGGUUAAUUGACUGUGCAAUUUUUAUGCUAUUAUAUGCAAAUAAGUUGCUUAUUAAUUUUUCUAAUCAAUUAUUAUUUCGUAUGACUUGUACUUUGUUUCUUUAAUUUAAUUAUUAUUGUGGAA